AUGAGCGGCGCCGAGGACGCCCUCAAAGAGAAGCUGCUGUGGAACGUGAAAAAGGAGGUCAAACAGAUCAUGGAGGAGGCCGUCACCAGGAAGUUUGUGCAUGAAGACAGCAGCCACAUCAUCGCUCUGUGUGGUGUGGUGGAAACCUGCCUCCUGCACCAGCUGAGGCGCCGGGCCGCUGGCUUCCUUCGCAGCGACAAGAUGGCGGCGCUCUUCACCAAGGUAGGGAAGACGUGCACCGUGGCCGCGGAGAUCUGCCGCAAGGUGCAGGAGCUGCAGCAGCAGGCGGAGGGCAGGAAGGCCGCAGCAGGGGGGCAGGAGGCUCUCCGGAGACAGGGCUCUGCUGCAGGGAAAGCCCCGGCCCUCAGCCCCCAAGCCCUGCGGCAUAUCUGGGUGCGCACGGCGCUCAUCGAGAAGGUGCUGGACACAAUCGUGCAAUACAUCGUUGAGAACUGCAGCAAAUACUACGAGAAGGAGGCUCUGCUGGCAGACCCUGUGUUUGGCCCCAUUCUGGCCUCGCUCCUUGUGGGCCCUUGUGCCCUGGAGUACACCAAGCUGAAGACGGCCGACCACUACUGGACAGACCCCUCUGCAGAUGAGCUGGUCCAGAGACACCGGAUCCGCGGCCCCCACGGCCGCCAGGACUCACCCUCCAAGCGCCCAGCCCUAGGAAUCCGGAAGCGGCACUCGAGUGGCAGCACAUCGGAGGACCGGUUUGCGGCAUCGGCCCGAGAAUAUGUGGAGUCCCUGCACCAGAAUUCCCGCACACACCUGCUGUAUGGCAAGAAUAACGUUCUGGUGCAGCCGAAAGAGGACAUGGAGGCCAUCCCCGGGUACCUCUCCCUGCACCAGUCUGCGGAGAGCUUGACGCUGAAGUGGACCCCCAACCAACUCAUGAAUGGGACCCUGGGAGACUCAGAACUGGAGAAAAGCGUGUACUGGGACUAUGCCCUGAUUGUGCCCUUCAGCCAGAUUGUCUGCAUACACUGCCACCAGCAACAGAGUGGUGGUACAUUGGUGCUGGUGAGCCAGGAUGGUAUCCAGAGGCCUCCCCUGCACUUCCCUCAGGGCGGCCACCUCCUGUCCUUCUUGUCUUGCCUGGAGAAUGGACUCUUGCCCCGGGGGCAGCUGGAGCCUCCGCUCUGGUCCCAGCAGGGAAAGGGGAAAGUGUUCCCGAAACUGCGGAAGCGGAACAGCACCAUGCGUUCGGUGGAUCUGGAGGAGAUGAUGGACGAGGGACGGGCCACAGACUACGUGUUCCGGAUCAUCUACCCUGGCCAUAGACAUGAACACAUCACUAUUAACUACCACCACUUAGCGGCCAGCCGCGCGGCCUCGGUGGACGAUGACGAGGAAGAGGAGGAUAAACUGCACGCAAUGCUCUCAAUGAUCUGCUCCCGGAACCUCACAGCUCCCAAUCCGAUGAAAGAUGCCGGCGAUAUGAUCGAGAUGCAAGGCUUCGGGCCGAGCCUGCUGGGAUGGCAACUGGAGCCUCCCUGUAGCCAAGGCUCCUCCUGCCUGUCCUGCUCCAGCAGCAGCUCACCCUAUGACCCGCCCACGUACUGCAGCUGCGCCCAUGACAGGACGCCACUGCGGUUGCUGUGCGAGAGCAUGAAAAGGCAGAUCGUGUCCCGGGCCUUUUAUGGAUGGCUGGCCUACUGCCGCCACCUGUCCACAGUGCGCACCCACCUGUCGGCCCUGGUUCACCAUUCCAUCAUCCCCCCCGACCGGCCCCCGGGGGCCACGGGGGGACUCACCAAGGAUGUGUGGAGCAAGUACCAGAAGGACAAGAAGAACUACAAGGAGUUGGAGCUUCUGCGGCGGGUCUACUACGGAGGCGUGGAGCAUGAGCUCCGCAAGGAUGUGUGGCCCUUCCUCCUUGGCCACUACAAGUUUGGCAUGAGCAAGAAGGAGAUGGACCAGGUGGACGAGGCCGUGGCCGGGCGGUACGAGCGGGUGCUGGCCGAGUGGAAGGCCUGCGAGGUGGUGGUGCGGCAGAGGGAGCGGGAGGCCCACCCGGCGGCCCCCUUCACCAAGUUCUCCUCAGGCAGCAGCAUUGACAGCCACGUGCAGCGCCUCAUCCACCGCGACUCUACCAUCAGCAAUGACGUGUUCAUCUCUGUGGAUGAGAUGGAGCAGCCGGGGCCGAGGGGCUCCGAGGAGUCGGCCCCAGGCACGGUGCUGGGUGGAGGGACGCCGGUGUCCGCCGCUGCCCCCGCCCCCCCUGGAAUAGAGCCACAGCCAUCGGUGGAGUUCGACUCACCUGACUCGGGGCUGCCGUCGUCGCGCAACUACUCCGUGACUUCGGGCGUCCAGUCCAGCAUCGACGACGGCCAGAGCGGGGGCUUCGAGGAGGAUGAGGAUGAAGGUGCCGGGGAUGGGGAGGGGCCCCUGCCGGCCCUGGCCCCAGCCCACGACCCCCAAGGAAGCCCCCCAGAGAAAAAAGAGGAGGGGGAACAGCCCCCGCUGCAGCCGCUGACGACUGGGGAGGAGCUGGCUGCCGUCUGCGCCGCGGCCUACACUAUAGAGUUACUGGACACCGUGGCCUUAAACCUGCACCGGAUAGACAAGGACGUGCAGCGCUGUGACCGCAACUACUGGUACUUCACCACCGCCAACCUGGAGAAGCUACGAAACAUCAUGUGCAGCUAUGUGUGGGAGCACCUGGACGUGGGCUAUGUGCAGGGCAUGUGUGACCUCCUGGCACCACUCAUGGUCAUCCUGGACAAUGACCAACUGGCCUACAGCUGUUUCAGCCAGCUCAUGAAGAGGAUGAGCCAGAACUUCCCCAACGGGGGUGCCAUGGACACCCACUUUGCCAACAUGCGGUCACUCAUCCAGAUCCUGGACUCUGAACUGUUUGAAUUGAUGCACCAGAAUGGAGACUACACUCACUUCUACUUCUGCUACCGUUGGUUCCUGCUUGACUUCAAGAGAGAGCUGCUGUACGAGGACGUGUUUGCCGUGUGGGAGGUGAUCUGGGCCGCCCGCCACAUCUCAUCAGAGCACUUUGUCCUGUUCAUCGCCCUGGCCCUGGUGGAGGGCUAUCGGGAGAUCAUCCGUGACAACAACAUGGACUUCACCGACAUCAUCAAGUUCUUCAACGAGAUGGCAGAGCACCACGAUGCCCAGGAGAUCUUACGGCUGGCGAGGGAGCUGGUCCACAGAGUGCAGACACUCAUCGAGAACAAGUGAGCAGAACGGUGGCGGUGGCAGCAACAGCAGCAGGAGGAAUCGGGGCCCAGCUGGGGAUUCCCGGGCCAGCCCAGGGGAGGGGACGGGAGGGGAGGGGAAGGGCUGACUACAGGGCCUGGCCCUCCAGACACUGGCCCUCCGGACACUGGCCCCACAGCAUCUUCCAUGUAAUGCAGGCCAACAAGUGAUUCUGAGCAGGGAAAUUUGCCUCUGGGGAGCGUGCCUGAGGAGCUGAGCCCCACCACCCCCACUCCCAACGCGGGGACCCACUGUUGGCUGCACUCCAGCCGAGGAAGUCGUGCCUACAGAGUUCUCUCUCCAGAGCAUCUGUGGGCCCGGACCCAACCUCCACAGCCUCAGGAGCUGCCUGGGGGGGCUACUGUCCCCCUACACACAAACAUACACACACCACACCCCCCCCAUGUAGAGACAGUUGGGGUGUCCGUCCCACCUUGGAGGGUCCCAGCCCCUUGGCCUUCCUGAGCCUCACGGAGCAGAGCUCCCCACACCCCCAGUGACGGCAAAGGCCCAAUUGGUGUUUUACAAGCCAAGUGUAAAGAGUUCUGGCCAGGGGCUAGAGCUCCGUUUUAAGAGUCCACUUUUUUAGGGGGUGGGGGGGCGGGCGCUCCCUGAAUACAGUGACUCCCCCUUCUCCCCCCCAGCCACCAGCCUGGCACUCGCUCUCACCGCUGCCGGGUCCGCACUAGCGUCUUGGGCCCGUUGGGUCCCUGCCUGUAGAGCCGCAGGCCAUGGUCAUCAGGGAUUGUGAUGCCAAGCACUCUGCUACUGUUAUCGGUUACCACUGCCGGCUGGGGAGGCUGGGAGACGUUUAAGAACUGCCACCUCCCACCACAUGCCCUCAUCCCUCCCUGGGCUUUUCCUCCCUCCUCCCCUCACUCACCCGCAUCUCACCUGGGGAGUCCAAAUCAGUUAGCAGGAAGGGUGGGAGCCAGCCCGCCUGCCCAGACAUUGAACGAGUCCUCGACCUCAACUGGAAGCCCAGAGCACCACUCUUGAGCUCUUAGGCCUCAUCCACAUGCGUGUGCGCACGCGUGCAUACACACACCCCCAUCUGUGCUCCCCCAAGCACGCACACACACACACACACACACACACACACACUCUCUCUCUCUCACCCCCAGAACACCUACCUCCCCCCGCCAGCUCACUCCAAGCUUCAGAGGCCUCCAAAACUCACCUUGCACUCGAGCCCCUGCCUUCCUGCCGCUGCUGCCCCGAGCUGCCGUUGGUCCCAGAAGCCCUUGCAGGCCCCAGGCCGGGCUGUCACACACCCCACACCACACCACUAUCAUCAUCAGUCGUAUUUAUUGAGCGCUUACUGUGUGCAGAGCACUGUACUAAGAA